AAUAAAGGUUAAAAUAAUUAUUACAUGAAUCUGGAAGAUGAAGAUGCUGAAAUUAUUCAGCAAUUAAUUUCUAUCCGAGUUUACGAACAGUUCUCAUCAGUUUCAAUAUUGACAAACUUGACCAAAACAAAUCAACUGAUACCCGCUAAAACUGAUAAACGUUCAAUGAAUUUAAAUUGAAAAUUGAAAUAUGAAAUAAUUUUUAAAAUAAUGUAUUCACCAUCAAUCGAAGUCUUCCUCUACUUGAACAAAUGCUGCACCAUCACAUCUACAAACUGAACUGAUUACGAAUAUGGAGAUGGACCCCAGUAAUAAUAUAGCUUUAGUGGAUAAGCUUCUGGAAUCCCUUAUUCCAUCUGAAAAUAAACAUUCCAGUAAAGAAACAAAGAGACUAAAAAAGCUAGUAAUAUCAAAACUGUUCGGUCCUUCUCGUAAAACGAAUACAGAAUGCACAAAAGACAUACCUGCAGAUCCUAUAGAUCUGUUGAAGACUGAUAUUUUAAGCCAAGCUUUGAAAACCACCUCCAGUGAAGCUGAAUAUGACGCGUGUGUUGAUAAAAUGUACAACACAAUUGAACGUGUGCUUCCAACGUGUGAUUCCGAUACUUUAAAUAAUUUAUUUCUAUUCUUACAUAAGAUGUUCGAGUUAGAUCGAAGCAAACAAAUCGCUCAAAAAAAAAAAAUAUGUGAAAUACCGAUCUGCAAAAACAACAGAUUAUAUUCAGAAAUUAUCCCUUAUCAAGAUAUCGACUGGUCUGCUUUUUAUGAAAAUUUACCAUCGGUUUCGGGAUCAUUCUCAGAUUACCGUUUCUAUAAAGAACCCGGAGAUGGUAUUUCUUUUUUUAAAGAACAUAUCGCCGAAUUCAAAGUACCUACGACUAAUGUCGCUAAUCUUUUCGAUUCGAGUUUUAAAAUCUGGAGAUUCGAUAUCAACAAACAAGUGGAACCAGUGGCUCAAGAUGAAGGUUUCGUUACUCCGGGUUCAGAAUUUUCCAACGAAAGUAUCAAAGAUGAAGAUUCGAUAUCACAAUGCUCGGAUGAGUGUUCAGAUUUAGAUAUGUUCAAUUAUAAUGUAGAAGUAUCGAGUAGACGAUCUUGGGAUCAAUUAGGUGAAAUGGAACUACCUAAAGAAUUGCCAUUUACAUCGGAAAGUGUAGGAACAGUUCUCCAUUUGUGGAAAAUUGUGAAUUCUAGUCAAGCUGUCGGUAUUAAAAGUGUUCCUAUUGGUAAUCAAGUCUCGUUUGAAGAUUUAAUAAUGGAUUUGAAAUAUUUACUUUUUGGUAUGGCUUCGCCUUCGUUCUUUUUUAAUGAGGAGUUGAAAAUGUUUCAAAUUUGCGAUAGACUUCAUACCGAAACAUUAUCACCGGAAAUAUUGGCGGCCUUGUGCGAAGAUGUUUUAAAGUGUGCCAAUUAUUACCAUUCGUUGAAUUUAUUCACCGAAGAAAGAUUGAAAACGAUGUCCGGCAUUGUUCAUCAAACAUUUCGCAAAUGUAUCCAGCAAAUUUUAAACAUGUACAAAUAUUCGUUGUUGAACAUGGAAUGGGAAAAUAUCAAACAUUUAUCCAGUUUUCCGUCUUUGAUUAUUCCUCUUCAAAGAAAACUGAAAUUUUUGACGAACAUCUGCCUAAUUCAAGACCCACCAAACGAAUCGAAUUUCUUUUCCGGAGUUCAACUGUUGGAUUAUUUGUAUCAAAACCUAUUCAAAGUCUACAGCUCGGAUUUGAGUUACGUGCUGUUUUACAUGUUUGAAUCCUGCUGCAAUGCCUAUUUUAGGAUAAUCUCAGAAUGGAUAUUCGACGGUUGCUUUUCGACUGCGGAAAAUUACGGCGAAUUUUUCAUAGAAAUUCGACGCGAAUAUGAACUCUGUAGGGACUGGAGAAGAGUCACCUGUAUUGGAAUUCGUGAUAAGAAAGUUCCCAACAUCCUACGUAAAUUUUACAAAGAAAUAUUUAUUUGCGGGAAGUCGAUCAAUUUAUUGAAAAUAUGCUCGUCUAGGGAGAUACUCGAUAAGCUGGUGGAAAAGAAUCAUCCAGAUUUAGUUUGCUGUUUCAAUCAGAAACAGAUGGUGAAUUAUGAAGAAAAAUGGAGGAAAUAUCAGACUAUUCAUGAAGGUCAUUUCAUCGAUCGAAUUAAAAUAAAAGAUAAGCUUCUAAAGAACUGUGCUCAUCCUAAUUUCUACAAUGAAGUUAGACGAGUUCGAGAGGAAUGGUUUCGGCAACAAGCAGAAAUUGAAACGAGUAAAGAAAAUGAAAAUUCAAACGGCGUCGAAAAUCAAGAAAAAGGUGACGAAAAUAAUACAGAAGAGCAACCUCGAAACGAAUCAGAUGAACUGAAAACUUCUGAAAACGAAUCUCAAUCAAAUGAUUCAAACUCCACAAAUGAACCCACCGAGGAAGUGAAAUCGGAUCCAACUCCGGUGGAACCUGAUCCAGUCACAAAAACAACUGAAACAGAUCCAGUCAACGUCACCAUCACUUUCACCUCCUCAGAUCAAUCACCACAUCAAAAAUCCAACCUUUCCGAUCUGGUAUUCUCGAACGACGCUUCUUCUACUCCUCAAUCCAAACCAUUAACCUCCCAAGGAGCUGGCGAUUGUCCUAGUAGCACAGAAAACAGACGCGUAAAACAUCUGGUAUCGUUACUCGAACAAAAAUCCAAACCAACUGAUGAAAAUACUCCUAGCAAAACACCUAAAAAAAUUCAUCUCGGAUCGGGAGAUAUCGGUAGUGCUGGACCCAGCGAGGUGCUUAAAGACAUAGGCAACGUUUCUCAAGUAGAAUACGCUAAAAAUAAACUCCGAUCGAUGGCAAGUUGUGUAAAUUCUCCGAUCGAUGAGAAACCCGCCAAAUCGAAGCUAGAAAAGGGUACUCCGUUGAGCGCAUGCCAAGAGAACAAACUUAAAGUCAUGUCCAGUGAAUAUCACAAUCGUCUCAAUGAUUCAUUGAAUUCUUCGCACGAGAUGCCCAAAAGUAAACCUGCUAUUUUGACCAUCUGUCAAGAGAAUAAACUCAAAGUAAUGUCCAGUGAAUACCACGUUCGACUCAAUGAAUCUAUCGACUCGAGUCAGAAACCCAAAGCUGAACCGUUAAAGCCUACCGCUGCGUUGAGCGCUCUACAAGAGAAUAAACUCAAGGUGAUGUCCAGUGAAUACCAUCAUCGUCUCAGUACUUCCAGUAUUACCGACCAAACCCCAGUCAAAGUAAAUAAACCUCUCACUGCCAGCGAGGAAAACAAACUCAAAGUUAUGUCCAGCGAGUAUCACAUUAGACUUCAAACCAACACUGGCAACGAAUCGAAAUCCAAAUCGUGCAGUGUGAAAGAAUUAACCGAAAGCCAGAAAAAUAAACUAAAAAUAAUGUCUAGCGAAUACCAUCACAGGUUGAGUCUUGAUCCAGUCAAUACAGAAACCGCCAGUACUCCAAAAAAUCUCACCGAAAAAGACCUGAUUAAACAGAAAGUGGAAUACUACACUGAAUCUACCAAACCUCUACAAGAUGAUACCUCGAAUUUAAGCCCUAUUGUAGCUCGAGACGAUUUAUCGAAAAUCACCGAAGAAGGCGAAUCCAACGCUGAGACUCUUGAAGAAAUCACUAUGCAGCCGAUUACCCAAUCGAUACAGAAACACGUUCAUUCUCAAGACAUCGAAACUCAGCCAAAACGAACGAAUAUUUUUACUCAAGAUUUGCAGAAUUUCGAGUUACAGUCGAUCAAUAAUGUCGAUGUGGAAUCGGUAGCCGAUGUUGAUAUCACUUCGUUGACUUUCUAUCUAGCUCGAUCGAUUGCUGUGCCAUUAAAAAUACAAAUGAAGCUGAUCAACGAAGCCAUACUGAAAGUAUUCAUCGAAGAAGAAAGUUAUCUCGAUCAUUUAACCGCUUUACGAGAUUAUUUACUUUUGAGGAAACCGGAAUUCACCGUUUCGUUGACAAACUCUAUUUUCAAACUGACAGAAAAAGCGAAGAAACCGUAUAUUUUACUAAAUAAUUAUACUUUGAGCUCUGUUCUGCAAAGAGCCUUGUUAGCUUCAGGUUCCAAAGAGACCAUUACUUUUGGAAGAAAAUUAUCGUUCUCGAUCGAUGAGGUAAUUCCAGAAAAUUUCACGUUGAUCGAUAUUAAGGAACUGGAUUGCUUGAAUUUAACUUACGCCAUAAAAUGGCCCAUAAAUAUCCUCAUCACCGAACCAAUAGCCAAAAAAUACACCAAGAUUUUCCGAUUUUUGUUCCAACUGCAACGAGUAUUAUGGGUCUUGAAGAGAGAUUUCGUCUCAAUGAAGAACUUGAAACGUGGCAAAAGUAUCCAAUAUAUGAAGAUUCAAUUAUUUCGCCAUAAUAUGACCCAGAUCGUAAAAAUUCUACAAGAAUACGUAAUGCGAGAAGCUAUCGAAACGUGCUGGAACGACUUCGUCGAAAAUUUAACCAGCGGUGACGUAGACCUUGAUUUAUUAUACAUGUCGCAUUUAAAAUACGUUAACAGAAUGAUGCAACGGUGUUUCUUGUGUGAUUUAUCGUCCCAGUGUCGAGAUUCAAUUUUGAACUUAUUUUCGAUGAUUUUAAAGUACCACGAAGCCUUGAAAAACGGCGUAUGGAGACGUAACGUCGAAGUUAACUUCCUAUACCAUACGAAUUACAAAGAAAUCGAUGCCAUUUACCAAGAUUUCGUCAAAAGCUUGAAUUUAGUUCGAACCAAUUUGAGACAAUUAGUUUAUGGAAAACAAAAAACGUAUUUUGAAACUUUAUAUUUAGAAUUAUCGAAGAAUGCCGAAGAAGUUGUGUGAAUAGAGUGAAUUUUAUUAUUAUUGAAUUUUUGUGUACACCUGAUUAGUGAUUAAUAUAUAAACCGUUUUGUAA